AUGCCUGGACCUAUUCACGUCGAUGGUAGGAGCGAUCGCACGGUUAAGGAAUUCUGUCGUAGAGCCAGGAACGGCCGUAGCGCUAUCGCUGUCACUAAAGCCACUAUUACAGGCGAGCCGUCUACGCAAAUGACCUUGAAGACAUUUCACUUCGCUGGUGUCGCCACCAUGAACGUCAUACUUGGAGUGCCACAAAUCAAGGAAAUAAUUAAUGCUGUAUAG